AUGAUAGGUCAUGAUAGACGCGAUUCGAGGCGCGCAUUCGAUGAUCGACAACGCGAUCGCUCAAGAGACGGCUUCAAACGUGAACCCAGCUAUGAGUAUGAGCGUCGUCCACGCAGUCCUUUGGGUGAUCGGGAUGAGCAACCGAUAUCCGGUCGCGGUGACAGCAGCGACCGUGAAUGCAGCCCUUUGACUGGAGACGAUGAGCAUGACGAUCGAAAGGACAGCACGAGGAGCAUUAGACGCGACUUGACCAAGAACUACACCAAAGAGAACGACCCGUACUGGUACCCCGGCAAGGGAAAAUACUCGCACCCCACCAAGAUGCCCUCUCAGAACCCGCACGACCCCAAACCACGCAACCCGAAGCGCACCCAGAGCUGUCGCACCGAAUCGCCCGGACACCGUCACGAACGUAUCGAGCGGAAGCAUGACCGUCGAGAGGACGAAAAGGAACGUCUGCUUAAUGGCGACAUUGGAACCCCGCCUCCCGACGCCGGUCCCAACUGGGCAAAGAACCGUAUUGCGACUUUGGAAAAGUACGCCAAGAGGACAAAGAAGAGGCACAAGAAACAUGAAAAGCGUAUGCGCAAGGCAGGAGAGCAGACUUAG